AUGACUUCAGAGAUAUUUCACCUCCAAAGGUCGCACCGAUUGACCCAAAAGGCGUCAGACGAUUCUUUCCGCAGGCAGAGGGGACGAGACCAUCGGUCAAGUUUUCCGUUCACUGGGCCUAUGGGAAGCGGGAAAACCGAAGCCGUUGUCGCAUUCAUCAAGCGAUACGGCAUCGGCAAGCGUGUCUUGUGGCUAGCUCCACGGAUCACUCUUAGCGCCAACACGGAACAGAGGCUAGAGGAGGCCGGGAUCUCUUUUAUCAACUACACGAAGAUCACCGUAGAGCAAAAGCGGGUGGGGGCGCUAGACCAACGACCUUAUGUUAUCUGCUCGAUCCAGUCGCUUCACUACCUCUCAAAGCCCUUUGAUAUUGUCAUUGGCGAUGAGAUCAAAACGAUCUUGAACACAUUCGGAGGCGGUGCCAAUAUGCAUUACAAUCUCAACACGAACUGGGUGGCCUUUAAUAGCGUCAUAGAUAACGCCGCCAAAGUCAUUCUCAUGGAUGCGUUGACAAAGAAGGCGACGACAAACUUAGUGAAGGGCUUCAUACGAAAGACGUCGAGCAACAUCAGCGAUCACCUGGAGGUAUUCAAAACGGCAAGGCAGCCAACAUCUCGCACGUUACGUAUUGUGGCUCCCGACGACACACCCCGCGCGUUUGACAACUGGGUGGCCAUGAUGUAUCAAGCCCUUGAGGUGGGGGAAAAGCUUUACGUCUUCACCCCCUUCAAGAAAGGGAAACAGGGGAUCAACACCAUCACUCAGGUACUGUUGAAGGCGUUCGAUUGGACAGACAAGUGGGAGGUUCUCAGUUACUAUGCUGAGGAGGAGCAGGAAAAGCAGGACCUAUGCGAUGCAAACGUGAUAUGGGGCCGAAAUGAAAUGCGUUGCAUUGUCACGAACAGCGCGAUAUUGGUCGGCGUAAACUUUGACAGGAAGGACGUUUCCGAUCAAAUAUUCUGUCUAUACGCGCUCAUCCUCCCGUCCCGAGACUUCCCCCAAGCGCUCUAUCGCGCCUAG